AUGGCCAAACCCAAGACGCCCAAGCCGCCGCUGCCGCAGGCCCUGGCCAUCUCCCGCAACAAGCACUGGCGAUACAUCUCCGCCUUUCACGGCCCAUGGCUCCAGCUGCCGCCCGGGAUCCUGGAGUCGCUGGCCCACAGCAACUUCCGCGCCCCGCGCCCCCGGCCCAUUGACCCCGCCGUGUUCUACGACCUCGUCAAGAUCCGCAGCGCUGUCGACGAAGCCACCAAUCUCGCCGUGCGCGCCGCCUCCGGUCUCACCUCCGCUGCCCUGAGCAGCCAGCCCAAUGCCGCCAAUGGCGUCCUGGGUCUGGGCUAUGUCGCCGGCGGGCAGAACACAAAACUGAGUCGGGAGCGGAAGUAUCGCAUGCGCGAGCUGGCCACUCAGAAGCUGUCGCAUGCAUACCACCUCGACGAGAUCGCCGCGAGCGUCGCUAUCAUGCAAUCUGCCUCCGCCUUGGACGAUGUCGCCCACUUCGUGCUGCAGCGCAGCGCCGCCCACCCCGACGCCAAGUACGUGCACUUCUUUCACGAGAAGAUUCCCUCGCGCAUGAUGGCCGAGUACACGCCUUUGGACCCGCUGGACCACGUUGUCUCGGAGCGCCCCAACGAUGGCUCUGCCCUGCGCACUCGCGCCUUGACAAGGUUGUUCAAGGAGGACUACGUCGGUGCGGUGAGGGACCUGACGGAUGGGCUGUCGAUCGCACGAUAUAUGCAGCAGCAGCACAAAGUGGGUAAAGACCAGCUCGUGCUGGCCAGGACUGCAAGGGAGGACGCCGACGCUUGCCGGGCGACCCCGCGGGAGUGGAGAGACUCGCCAGUCAAAGAGGAGGAUCAACCUAGUAGCCUCGAGAUGCAGUUACUUUUCCACAGAGCAGGAGCGUAUUUCUCUUUGGCCUAUCAACACGUAUCCGACGCGCUGGACGGUCUGAAGGAUUUCGAAGCGCGGCGCAAGGAGCAGAUGGAUGGACUUGACCCAGGAGCCGAGCAGCCAUCACCAUCGCCUGAGGAGAAAGAGGCUCAUCGCAAGCGACUUGAGAAUAGAAAAUUGGUCAAGACGUAUGCAAAACGAGCCUUGAGAGACUACAUUGCCUUUCUUUCUCAUUUUGAGUACACGCGUGGUAUCAAUGCAGCCGUCGCCGAAGACUUUCAUCAUCAUAAGGCCAACGAUAUCGCCAACGGAGUAAAAGGCUCGGAACUCAGCUACCGUAAGCGCGCACAGGAACUAACAGAUUCUGACAUUGAAUUGAAUGCCCAGGCAUCCAGCGCUCUCAUACAGCGUCAGCGUGAAAUCGAGCUCAACUCCCACGGAGACGGCACCCCGUCCUCACCCCUUCCCGCCAUCCACCCCCUCUCCGCCCUCUUCUCCAGCACGCCUCCCCCAGACCUACCACCCUACCCACCACCGGCACCGGCACCGCACGCGACUACCCAUCCGCUCGGCCCCGCCGAUCCGGCCGCCACGCGGACCCGCGCCUUCGUCGACGAGCCGUCGUCCCAUGCAGAGCGCCAGGAAGCCGUCACCUACCACCCGCUCCUCACCGACGCGCUCCACUCGCUGCUCCUCUGCCACGCCCUCGCCCAGACCCCGCCGGCCGAGCUCCGCCGCCACGCCCACAACGUCGCCCGCCUCGCCCGCCUCUGCGACGGCUACCCCGUCUUCCUGCCCGCCCGCUCGCCCGCCCGCGCCGACUGGACAGACGUCCUCCGCCGCGCCGGCGCGGACUGGCUCGGCCUGGCCCACAGCUGGGACCGGCUGUGCCGCCCCGCGCCCCUCGCGAGCGGUCGCUCCUGCAACAGCAGCGAUGCGAGCAAUGGCAGUGGGGGUAGUGGGGGUAGCAGCAGCAGCACGACCAGCACUACUAGUGAGCUCGCCCGGACUACCGCGCCCGCUGCGUCGGUCACGCGGAAGACGGACCCGGCACGGCUGUCUCAAGAGGGUCACGGCAACGGUAGCGGAGGCAACAGUAGCGAGCGUAAGAAGUACGUCGCCAUCAUGGAGGCUCUCGCCGACGAGCGCGUCGUCGAUGACGAUUCGUUCCAACGCUCCGUGCGGGCGCGCGAGCAACAACAAGAACAGUGUAAUGGCGAUGAAGAAGGAAGGGCUAGCAUCAACAAGAACGUUACGUCAUCGUCAUCGUCGUUGUCGCCUCCGCCGACGUUCUCACAGAAGGAACAGCCGAAACGCUGGGCGCAAGACGACGACGGUAAAGGAUAUCUUCUCGCGGCGGAGCGGGCGGAGGUGAUUGCGCGCUGGGUCAGGGAGGCGCCGCGGAGUGGAGGAGGAGGCGGGGCGGGCGCGGGCAAGGGGGGCGGAGGCAAGAAGAGGAGGGGGAAGAAGAGCGGGGCGGCGGCGGCGGCGGAGAGGAAGGAUCAGGGUGGUCCUGUCGCUGAGCUGGAAGGCGGUGUGGAGAGUUUGGGUCUGGGUUAUUAA